UGAAAGGGAGAUCACUCUAUUAUGCAUUCAUGACUUGAAACUCCAGUGACCUCAAAAUUUUCCAGGCAUCAUGAAUAUCUUGCAAAAAAUCCCGCGUAUGUUUCUUAAAGCAUCGAAGCGCAGUGCUUGCCUGUCUAGAUCAUUCUACAUAUAUUCACCGGAGCCAUUGCACCCGCUGUUAGACAAGGAACCGACAUGGAAGACGGCAGACCAAGCCGUGGAAGCCAUUGGUUCUGGUGAGAGGGUAUAUGUACAGGGUGGAGCUGCCAGUCCACAGCUGUUGGUGGAUGCAUUGUGUGCCCAUGGGGAAAAGGCUGGUCUGAAGGAUGUGGAGAUUAUAGAGGCACCUAUCCAGGCAAAGGCCCCAUAUACACACCCAAAAUAUGAAGGAAUCUUUCGGCCUAGUUCCUUUUUUAUAAGUGCAUCAAUAAGAAAGGCUGUGGCAGAAGGACGAGCAGACACCAUUCCCAUCUUCCUGAGCGAGAUCCCACUACUCUUCCGUCGUAGACUUUUAAAUCUAGAUGUGGCACUAAUUUCACUUAGUCCUCCAGACAGACAUGGAUUCUGUUCGCUGGGUCCAGGGGUAGACUGCACACGUGCAGCUGUUCAGAAUGCUCAGUUCAUUAUUGGUCUGGUUAACAAACAGAUGCCACGUACAUUUGGGGAUGGUCUGGUGCACAGUACCCACAUCGAUGUGUUGGUAGAGGCUGACGAACCACUGGCUGAGAUCCCCACUAUCUCUCUGUCUCCAGAGAUCCUAGAGAUUGCUAGGCUGAUUGCGGACAAUCUUGUAGAGGAUGGGGCCACCAUUCAGACAGGUGUUGGUAAUUUGCCAGGAGCUGUACUUCACAAGCUGCAGAAUCAUAAGGAUCUUGGAAUUCACACAGAGAUGUUCAGUGACUCCGUGGUGGAUCUAGUGGAGUGUGGCGCCAUAACUAAUGCUAAAAAAGCUAUUCAAACUGGAAAAAUUGUCAGCUCAUUCGCCAUUGGAUCCAAGAGAUUAUAUGACUUCAUAGAUGAUAAUUCCUUUGUUGCCAUGUGCGACUGUAGCUUUACCAAUAACCAAUCAGUCAUCUGCCAAAAUCCCCGUGUGACAGCUAUCAACACUUGUCUGGAGAUUGACAUCACUGGCCAGGUGUGCUCGGACUCGCUUGGAACCUAUAUGUACUCCGGAUUUGGAGGUCAGAUUGACUUCAUCAGAGGAGCUGCUGUAAGCCUGGAUGGAGAGGGAAAACCAAUCAUUGCCUGCACCUCCACAGUCCGCAGACAUGGCUCUGACAAGGAAGAAUCAAGGAUUGUAUCAAAUCUCAAACCGGGUGCUGGCGUGGUAACGACACGGGCCCAUGUGCACUACAUUGUUACUGAACAUGGCAUUGCAUACCUUUUUGGAAAGAAUUUAAGACAGAGGGCCUAUGAGUUGAUUAAAGUGGCACACCCAGAUCACAGGGAGAUGCUGGAAAAAGCAGCAUAUGAGAGACUUAAAUGCAUGCCAUCACCUUAGUAGGCCACUGCUGCCAGGUUACAGAACAGUAUCUCUGCUUUAAUAUUAUUAUACCCAUGCAAAUUUCUUCCCAUGACCGCUGGUACUGGCGUUUGGUUAUUUCAGAAUUUUAUAUUUUUGUCUGGCAUUAAAAUUGUAUGAGUUUACAUACAUGUAUGUAUUGAUAGAUGAAAAUGAUAUGCAUGUUUGGGAUUACCCAAGUGUCAGAUAUUUUAAUGAUUGUAUAAAGAUAAUAUUUAUGCUUCAUUAUGUUAGACUGUCGCAGUGGUACGAUAUAGGUACUUCCGCACAGUAUAAUCUUUAGAUUUGCUUGUAGUUUAUUUGUUUAUCAAUCAUGUCCAGCUCUACUCUUUUCAGAGUCAUGAACAAGAUUGAAAAUCUUAUGGAAUAUCAUGUCAGUUAAAAUUUGUUUUUGAAUUUUAACAAUUUCUAUUUAACAGGGAUGAAAUGCAUAUAUACCGGUAUAUAUAUGGCUAUAUAUUCUGGGCGUGUAUUACAAUGCUCCGUUUUCAAACACUACUUAGAUACAUGUAUAUUAUAUACUUUUUUGAUAUUAUUUGACCUCAAGUUAUACUAGCCGCAAAAUGGCUGAUAUAUUGCCAAAAUGGCGUAAAACCAUUAUCAAUCAAUCAAGUUAUACAUGUACUAAUAAAGUCAUUUCAGCCCGAAGCUGUUCUCUUAUGUAUGCAACUUCAUAAUGAGCAAUAUCCAUUUACAUUUCAUGAUUCUGAAACAAGAUCACUGGCCAAGGUCACAUUUUAUUAGGAAAAGAAGUUACAAGUAUUUAUCUAUGCAUCACUUUAUAAUAGAGAAACUAUAGUAGUUUGUGUUAUGUUCAAAUUGUUGUGUGCCAAUGAACAAUCUAUCCUGGUCCUGAAUUAAAGAGAUUAUUUGUAAAAUACCUGAAUUAGAGAAAACUGUCGGGGCCACAACUUUGUAAAUAGUAAUGGAGACACUAGAAGUUCUCAGGUGUUGCUUAUGACCAGGUAUGUUGUGACACUUAAAUAUGGUUGUUAGGUCAAAGUCACAAUAAAUAACUAUAAAAUAUUUGUUGAGACCAGUUUGGUUUUCUCUGAUUAACAUCAAUCUUGAUCAGAAAAAGAUGUGGCUAUGCAGUUCUCUGAGAAGCUGCACUUACUUCAUCAGCAUGCAACACUUUUCCUGGAAGUUUACUGAUGUGUGAUUCUCAGAUAAAUGUUAAAAAAGGCCUCUGGGCAUCUCAUUGUGAAUUGUGUUUAUAAUAAAGUUAAUGUGGGGGAGUGGUCAGUGUUUUCUUUCAUUUAUGAAGGAAAAUUUGUUUGUUUUCCAUUAAACUGUUUAUUGGAUGGUUUUACUGGUUUUGUGCCAUAAAUGUCAAUAUUACGUGUAUGUACAUGUUUUUGUUAAACCAGAUAUUCAACAACAAUGCUUUCUUGUUAUUUUUGCUUGCAUGUACUUAAUGAAAAUAAAUAGAAUUUGCUAUAAAUGAAUUACAUAUACAUGUAUCAUAUGUUUCACAAUAGCAUGUAACUUUGAAAAAUUAAUCUUAAAUCCUAGAUUCUGCUGUUUAAAACGUCCUAUUUAUUCUGAAAUUUAAGAUUUCUUAAGAUAUUCGGGAAAAUUUAAUUUUUCAGGACUGAUAGUGUGUUGAUAAGUAAACGAAGUUGCAUGGAUUCUAUAUCUUUUUCUUUUAUCAGGAUAUACCGGGUGUUUUAAGUUAUUGGUUUUCCUUUGUUGUAGAGGAGUAUCAAAGAAUUUAUGAAAUAUCCCCUUUUAAAUUUUGUUUGAAAA